UGGACGACAACGUCGAAGAGGGAGAGGAGGCGGCAGAGUUGGGAGAGGAGGUGAGCUAGGCAGUGAUGAAGGCAGAGGUGAUGGAGGAGGAGGGGGAAGUGGUUCUGGAGGUAGCUAUAUGCUGGGUUCUAGUUGCCGGGAUCCCUUAUGUGGUAAUUGACUCACAAACUUUUGCUCAGGAACGCCAAUUAUUCGUAGUAUGCUACUCUGCACAUCCGUCAAAGGGAUUGAUGGUUCCACAAAGACAGCUAUUGGGCCUUGCUACAAAAAGUUGUUCCCUCUCUAGUUUCCUUAAUUUUACUUUUGUGGUGAAUCGCAGCAAAAAAGAACUCAAACAUUAUGAUUUAAGUUUACUUCUAAGUGUGUCUAGCUCAAUUAAGGUUAUUCUGCAAUAGUAUGCAACUUCUCUUUUUCAUAUUUAGAGUGAAAAAUCGUUUCUGGGAAUUGGGGUUAAUAAUUCGUUCAGUAAUUGCCACAUGAUGUUGGGUUUACAGAAAAAAGCUAGGAAUCCUUUUACCUCUGUUGAUUUAUUAAAGGAAUUUGUUUAUUGUUGGGUCAUGUGUUUAUCUUAAAAUCUGUAAACCCUCUUGCCUGUAGCCAUUUAUGUGUAACAGGAUGGUAAGGUUUAUUAAGACUCAUGGCAGGCCUUCAAGUAUCACAGGUUUGUUCAACAAUCGCUAUUAUGGAGUAAAUGGGCAUCGAAUUUUGAGCUGGAAUCUCUACAGGAACACAACUUGGGCAGUGAUGUUCCUUUGAGAAAUCCAGAUAGGAGUGUGUCCUCCUUUGCUAUGAAUCUCAAAUAUGCCAAAGCUCCGGAAGCAUUGACCAUGACUGAUCGAUUACAUUCCGAAGCGUAUCCUCAAGAUGUCGAGGAAGCAUCUGCAGAAUGUAAUGAUAUGGAGUUUAAGAAUCUAGGGAGUACUUUCAAAGAGUUAGGGCUUUGCAUGAUGGAGGUGGGACUUUGCCUUGCUCGAAUAUGUGACAAGGCUAUCGGGAGCAAUGAGUUGGAGCAGAGCCUCUUGGAAUCCUGUGCAGCGAAGGGGCGGCUUAUACAUUACCAUUCGCGUUUGGACAGCUUCCUCCUGAAAGAAGUUGAGAAGACCGGCGCGGCAGGUGAAAGAAAAGCUAAAAAUAACAAGAGGGACCAGGGUAGCUGCGUUAUGAAUGUGCAGAAAUCAUUACAAGGAUCAUCAGAGUCGAAUUCAAUUGCUCGCGAUGAUCAUAAUUCAUGUGGAAUUCAUUCAAAUUUGUGGCAGCAGUGGCAUUAUGAUUAUGGUAUAUUCACUGUUCUGACAGCUCCUUUCUUUCUUUGGCCAUCAUAUUCGGAUCCAGCCAAAACAGAAUAUGUAUUUGCUGAUUCAUGUUUUGAUGAAUGUCCAUCGCCAACCGGGCAUAGCUGCUUGCAAAUUUAUGAUCCGAAUAAGAAGAGGAUCUUUAUGGUGAAGGCCCCUCCUGACAGUUUCAUUAUUCAGGUCGGGGAAUCUGCCGAUAUAAUCUCUAAGGGGAAGCUUCGCGCAACCUUGCAUGCCGUUCAUAGGCCUGUGAAGUUUAACAAUUUGAGCAGGGAAACUUUUGUUGUGUUUCUGCAGCCUGCAUGGACCAAAACACUAUCUACUGCAGAUUAUUCUCAUGCAAAGUUGAUGAAGGAAUAUAAUGAUGAUGAUGAACAGGUUGGGGAGGAUAGAUAUAAACAACUGAGCUGCAAAUUUCAGAAAAUCGUCCCCCCACUUUCAUCGAGGUUGAAGGAUGGGAUGACUUUUGCUGAGUUCUCGCGCGAAACAACAAAGCAGUAUUAUGGUGGUAGUGGUUUGCAAUCAAACAAAUGAUGGUUUCUGGUUUGUCUUGUUUCAUCAAUGUAUACCAUCUGAAAAAACUUGAUAGAUUUUGGGGAAGUUAACCUUUUAUUCUUCAUGAAUUUCAGUAAUUUUUUCAAAAGAAUUUUCACAAAUUUGCAGAGUUAAACAAUAGAGGACUGAAUAUCAUUUAAGAGAAUGGCGAUGAAAUUGGGGAGUUGCAUAGCUUAACACAUAUAAAACUAUUUCUGUUAAUUUUGUAUGGAUCUCUAGAAGAAUAAUUUCUU